CUAAACAUUGCCUACUCCAGCAUAGAGGGCAAGAUGAAAACUAAAGGUCUAGCUCUCUUGCUAGCCUUCCUGCACCUGCAGACUACUCCCAUCACUGGGCAGCUACGCUCUGAGCUGUUCUCCAAUUUCAAUGGCUCUAUGGAUGACCACGGAAUCUGCACCUGCUCCAUGGUGCUGCCAGACACAUCCUUUCCUGCUCAGAAGGUGGAAAACUUGGAAAUCACAGUUAAUGUUCUCACAGAGAAAUUUGAAAAAGAACUGACUAAAGUGAAGGAGUAUACCAAAAUGAUGCAGUUAUUUGAACAGAGGCUCCUAAACCUAAGCAUCAAAAUUCAGGUCAUGGAAGAGACCAGCAUUUCUUACAACAAACUGGACUUUGAGUUGCUUAAAUUAGAAGUGAGUGAGAUGCAAAAACUGGUCAUAGAAUUGAAAUCCAGUUUUGUGGGAAGCAGUGUCAUCAUUGACCAACUGGAGCUGGAGAUCAGGAAUAUGACUCUCCUGGUACAGGAGUUGGAGUCACUAGACAAAAACAAUAUCCUUGCAAUCCGUCGGGAGAUUGUGUCCCUGAAGAAUAGACUAAAGGAGUGUGAAGAGUUUAGAGGUCAAAACAAUACAGAUCCCAUUAUCCCACCUGGGAGUUGUGGUCACGGCGGUGUGGCGAAUAUCAGCAAACCUUUCAUUGUUCAGCUAAAUUGGAAAGGGGCUGCCUUUAAGUAUGGAGCCUGGGGAAGAGAUUACACUCCACAUGAACCAACGAAAACACUCUACUGGGUGGCCCCCUUGAACACAGAUGAAAGGUACCUAGAAUAUUAUCGACUUUACGACACUAUGGAUGACUUGCUGCUCUACAAAAAUCCCCGAGAGUUUCGAAUCCGAUAUGGAGAUGGCAGUGGUAUGGCUGUUUACAACAACUUCAUGUACUUCAACUAUUAUUCUACAGGCGACAUUGCCAAGCUUGACUUAAACACCAACACUAUUACCUCGAGAGUGAGGCUUCCCAAUGCUGUCUAUAACAACCGCUUUUCCUAUGCGGGUGUCAAUUGGCAAGAUAUGGACUUUGCUGUGGAUGAAACUGGACUAUGGGUUAUCUAUUCAACUGAAGCCAGUACUGGUAACAUUGUGAUUAGCAAAAUCAAUGACACUUCACUUGAGGUGCUAAACACUUGGCAAACCAUGCAGUAUAAGCCAUCUGUCACCAAUGCUUUCAUCAUAUGUGGGGUUCUGUAUGCCAUUCGACCUAUGAACACCAGAAAGGAAGAGAUUUUUUACUACUAUGACACAAACACUGGGAGAGAGGGCAGAAUUAGCAUCAUCAUGGAUAAAAUGCUAGAGAAAAUACAGAGUGUCAACUACCACCCCCUUGAUCAUAAACUCUAUGUCUAUAAUGAUGCAUAUCUCCUGUCUUACGAUCUCAGCUUUCAGCCGGAAUUACAGUGACCUUGAUAGGUAGGAGGGAAAGAGUUAAGUGGAGCUUUUCUUAAAAAGUGAAAUGCUCCCAUGUCUCUGUAGCCUAUUCACUCAUAAUCCAAGUCGAGCUUGCUUAAUGAUAUUUAGAUCACUUUUUGCAUCUUCAGAGAUAUGUUUGGGGUUUGGAAUAGUAGUAUUUCCAAUGAAUCUUAUUUUACCUAAUUCAGUAAGCAUUUAUUAAGUAUCGGUAAACAUCUAUUAAGUAUGCCAAACCCUGUGCUGGGUGCUAGUGAUAAAAAGAGACAAAAACAAUAGUCCUUGUCCCCAAGGGGUUUAUAUUCUAUUGAAAGGAUUUCAACACAUGUACAGAUAAGUAAAAACAAAAUAUAUACAAGGCAAUCAACAAUAUUUUCAAGAGAUAGAUGACAUGAAUAAUUGGGGAAUUUGCAAAAGCUUCAUAUGGGAGGGAUGCUCCACCUGACCUGUGCUUUGUAUCUCACUGAUACAAGUGUUUCUUCUAUUUCCUUGGCACAGCUAAGAAAAGACGAAUCUAUAAAUCUUUGGUCCAACCUAGCAAUGGUUUUAACUAAUUCAAGAGAUUGAACUUAUGAAAGAUGAAGCACUCAUAAUACUUACCUCAUGCACAGCAAUAGUGCAUGAUAUUAAUGCUUCUGUUUUCCAUAGAAGUAGCUUAUUCCAGUCAAACCCUAGUGGCCUUUUUUUUUCCUUUUUGACACUGAGAGGGAAUGAAAGGCCUCAAAAUCACUUAUACCUUCAUUCAAUGCACAUACUUUAUUUCUUCCCCAUUGGGGUGCUUCAAACAUAAGGCUAGAGAUUUUUUGCAGAGAUCCUAGCAUAUUCUGAAGCCCAGAUUUAUCUGUGUCUGAUAAUAAGAGCAUUAAUGAUAAAAACUAGAGAGUUGUACUGGAACCCAAAGGAUUUGCCUUCACUCUUCUAUGCAAGAAUGGAGUGGCACAUGUCCUUCUGAGAGCUCUCUAGUAUUACAAGUGAUGUGGUUCUAACUGGAGACUUUGAGGAAAGCAGUCAUACAGUACUUGAGACCGAGGCUAAAUUACUUUGCUCUGUCAUUGAUAUGUAGAGUUACCUAGGAAGUUACUAAAUUCCUAUAGUAGAAAACUUAAUUUUGGUGUUGAAAUGUCUAGGCCUUAGGUAGACUCCCUUCAAGACUAUUUGAUAUGGGGCAGCUAGAUGGCACAGUCAAUAUAGUACCAUCCCUGGAGUCAGGAGGACUUGAGUUCAAAUCUGCCCUCAAACACUCACUAGCUGUGUCACCCUGCAUAUAUUACUUAACCCAGAUUCCCUCUGGAAAAAAAAACAAACAAAAAAAGUACACAACAAAAACUAUGUUAUUUGGCAGAUGCUCUGCUUUUGAUGUAUUGGACUCACUAUAGGCAGGCACUCUAUCCCCUGCUUCUCCAGCAUGAUCCUGAUAAUGCCUAAAAAGUUACACAGAAAUCUUGGGACUCAGAAACUGUCACCUCCUUGUGGGACUCUAUCUACUGUUUUGUCAUUCCCUGUGGAACCUGGUAUAAUGUCAUGCAUUGUAUCAUCAAACUGUUUUGAGCUUCUUGGGGAAAGGCACUUCUGCAGGUCACACAGAAUGUUGAGAAUUCGUCCUGGCUAUUUGUAGGUGAGAAAUAGCUUGCUGCGGUGGAUAGAGAUCUGACCUUGGGACUGGUAAGACUUAAGUCCAUGUUCUGCCUUCCUGUGUGACCCAGGCCAGAUUACCUGACCUAUUAUCAUUCCAGGAUACUUUCUAAGACUUUAAGUUACAGAGAAGGUACUGCCCUGCAUUGGUAAAGGAAUUUUCUUCAUCUGGAAGUUCCCUAUACUAAUAUAAUCUCAGGUCCAGUUGCUGUCCCUGUCCCUGUCCUGUCUACAGGCAAGUCACUUAACUCUUAUAUGAUCUGUUUCUCCAUCAAUAAAAUAGGGCUGACACCAGCCACCUAUCUCAUAACUUUGCAUAUAAGGCAAUUUUGAACAUAAGAACCAAAGAGUCACUGGCCCAUUCUGUUUUGCCUUCUGUGGCACAGGCCAUAAGACAAAUAAAAUUAAAUUUUUUACUACUCAGCUUCUCAUAAACUUUUACUUGUUUCAGGUGUAGAGGCACACAGGUGAUGGUGUGUCUGACAUAAAGUGGUGUAGGGGUGAUGGUAAUAUUAAUCUACUUUGUUUCUGUGAUUUUUGAUUAUGUGAUAAUGUAUUGAAGUGUAGUUGAGAAUUUUAAUGUGAACAAUUUUAAUUCAGUUUCUGUUAAAUGCUUUAAAAAUGUGUUUCCCUCUUCCCCCUUUAGAAAUGUAGAAAUAAUAAGGAAUGAAAAAUUCACCAUUUUUCUUGGUCUAUACUUGUUUUAUGGGAAAGGCUAUGGGGGCAAGAGGUGGAAUAUAUUUCUUCAAUCAAUGGAAUAGUUAAAAGAUAUACAGUCCUGUAUAUUUUUGUAUUGCUUCUGUCCAUUUUUCUCUGAUGACUUAGCAUGUGAGGAUAGGUCCUCAAGUUCUUUUUAAUAAAUGGUUAAAAGUGCA